AUCAUGAAGCGACCAGCAGCCUCCACGGCGAUGGUGAUGCCCAAGAAGAUGAAGAAACCGUCCGGUGCAAAGGGCGACGACGACGAUGAGCAGCGAGGUGCCCUGAACAGCCAGGUUGCUGACUGGACCAAGGGCACCAAGGGUUGCUCUCCGGAGAGUUCCCCUUGUCACAGUCGUGACAAGGGGAAGGGGGAGAAAUUCAGCAAAAUGCAGCAGCAGGGGGCCAUACCCGAGUUCGUCAUGGAGCUGUAUAAUCAUCCCCCAAAGGGGGAAUCGAAGAGGCAGUUUAGAACACAAAUAAUAAAUAAACUCUUUAUCCGGAAGGGUUCCUCCCUCGAGCUAUGCACCGACGACGCCGUCUUUAUCCAAGCAAAAGCCGCUUAUGAAAAGCGGUAUCACAUCGCCGAAGAGGAGGGGUACACCCGCCUGGUGUUUUGUGGCAGGUUCUUCGCAAACAACGAGGCAAGGAUGCAGCAGGCCAUCGACGAGGGCGAGGUGACUGAGGAGACAGGCAAGUGUGGCACCAAGUUCUACAACUUCAAGAAGCAGGUCAAGGGGCUUGAUCGAGGUGUCGUGACGGAGAACAGGACAGAGGGGAAGAAGUCUCUGACCACGAGGGACUACAGCGAGCUUUCGGGCCUCAUGGACGAGCUCAAGUGGAGCUACAAGCUUGCGAGCAAGGACAAGAAGGCCUUGGACCAGGGCAAGAUCCCGCCGGCAGUGGAGAAGAUGAUCGAGGAGGCGAUGGCCGUGCAGGAAAAGUUGAGCAAGCAGGCUUUGCACCUCGCUACCAAGAGUUCGUCGGAGGUGCCCGCAGACAAGCUGAAGGACUUGAAGAAGGGCCACAUGACUGCGAAGAAACAUCACAGCACUCUGCAGCACAUCCUCAGCUUCAAGGAGUCCGAGAACCACGAGCCCGUGACCUCAGAGAUGCUUGACAAGAUCCUGUUGCAGGUGGCGACGGACACAGCCCAGCUCAAUCGGGAUGUGGAGAUGGCCAAAGGUCCCAAAAGGUACUUUCGCUCCUACACAGAGUGUGGUAGGGAAGAAGAAAGCAACAUGAUGGAUGCCCCGGAGCAGAGUGCCCUGGCGAAACAGUUGAUAGAAAAGUAUGUUUGGGGUACAUACAGCCCACAACAAGUACAAAGUUUGGCUUUUGCAGCAGUCCAAGACCUACAACAUGCCAAUGCUUCCUUCCAUUACCCAGAUCUGGAGAGAUUAGCCCGAUUAGGCACUUCUGGACAAUACCCUUCCCGGUGCAACAGCGAGUUGCUGGCUUUCCUUGAGCCAUCUGUGAAGCUUUGUCCAGCAUACACAGCAACAGUACCUUUCAAAGCUCCUUUACUGGACAAGCAGCAGGACAUGCUUUUGCCCCACGAGGUCUUCAGCAGCAUGUUUCAUCAGUAUCCUGAGGCCUUUGAAAAAAACCUGCUCAACAGCGAGGCGGAGCUUGAACGAUUCUGGGAAGCAGCCCGAAAUCAUCCCCAAUACCAGGGGCAUCCCAUUUCCGAUCGGGACACAUUCCAAAGGAAAUGUGUCCCGAUCGGGAUUCACGGGGACGACGUCCCCAUCACGGGGAUAGGAAAAGGCUGGACUAGCAAGAUGACUAUAUUUUCGUGGUAUUCCAUGACAGCACUUGGUCGCUCUACAAAAGACAAAAUGCAUUUGAUUUAUGCUUGCUUCGAGAAGCUGAGAGUUCGGCAAGAGGAUCGAAACACAUUGCACCGAUUCUUUCGGAUUCUGGCUUGGUCUCUUUGGUGGCUCUGGCUGGGUGUCUUUCCAGAUACCGAUGUGGACGGCAACAAGUACAAGAAAGGCACGACAGAAUUCGCCAAAGCUGGCAAACCCUUGGCAAACGGGUAUUUCGCCGUUCUUUGGGGAGUGCUCGGUCUACGGCUGGAUGGAGACACACACAAUGGUCCAGUGCUGCUUGGAGCGGCAGAAAUCCGACAUUUGGGAAAGGCAUUGUAUGUCGUCUGGCUCAAGUUCCAUAAGAAGGAUUUGCAGAUUCACCGUGACAUUGCCCUGGUGUUGAAGCUCAACUGUGCAAUGGAAACACUGAUCGAGGAUUAUCGCACUGAGUAUUCCUUCCCGCCAGAAGCAGCACGACGUUUCCAGA